ACAUAUUUCUCGCAUUCCGGCAGUUGUCACAUUACCCCGACAAAAAAAAAACACUGUGGCACAUUCGUCGCCUAUCUGGGACAUGUGACGCAAAUGAACUUCUAUUCCUUACAUUCCUUAGUAGAUGUUUAGACACCUGACGAAACAGCAGCAGCACAAAAUGUCUCGGAAUACCUUGAUUUCCAACCCGUUUAGUCGUGACCAACGGACGUCUUUUUGGAUGAGGAUCAAUGCCGCUUUGGAGAUCUAUUUUCGCAAGGAAAAUGUACCGACCGAUCAGGAGAUCGAUUUCCUUGCGGAAUCGCUCAAGUUGGAGAGGAAAGUGGUGCACCUUUGGUUCAGCAAUCGUCUACAAAAGGAGAAACGCAAGAUAUGGUCAGGUGUUGUAGGAAUUCGAUUCGCCGAAAUGCUGGUGACACAAUCAAAGAAGAAGGCAAGUCGCAGCCAGAACGGGAUGGAUCUAUUUAGUUUUCCACUUCACUUCACCGGACAUGCCAGCCAUUUCAAGCGUUUUGGUUUCGGUAAGCCUAACCCAGAAAUGCUAACCCGAACGGCAAUUUUCAUGGCGACUGAAAACGGACUGGUGCACCAGAAAUUCAUCAACCAAAUAAUCAACUACAUCGUCGACGUCAGAGAAAACGACAAGUUUCGAUUCCAGCUGGUCGACGAGGAUGGCGAUGGCCAUUCGAAUUGCAUUUCCGUCUACGACAUUCACCACACGGUCGGAUUCCGCAUUCCAUUUUCACUGACGAUUGUGGUCACGCCCUACUCCGGUGACUCGGAAGAUUCCGACCAACUUUUCAGGGAUCGGAAAGUGGCUGAAAUGUUUCUCGACUUCAUUGAAGCCAAGGACGGAAUCAAGGAACUGGACAUGAUCUGCAACGUCACCGUGGAGACUGGCGAAAUCAAACAGCCGUUCUUGUCCAUUUUCGGUAAAGACGUUGAGAAAAACAUCAACAACUGGAAACUGUCGGUAGAUUUCUUGAGCGACAAGGGUUCCUGGCAAGCGGUGGUCCAUCACUUCUUCACUGUGCUGGCGACAAUGCAGCCCAAGUCUGUGUUAUUCACAAAACUGGUGUUGGAUGAGAGAAAGAAGAUGGCAGCAAGGCUAAAUGGACUGGAAUCGUUGCUUACUAACGCAUCUAUAAAAAUGGAAGAGAUUAACAAAAUGAAGGAAAUAGUCAAAUGUUCCCAAACGCAAAUCGAACACGAAAUGGAAUACGAAAUCAACCAGAUAAAUUACAGCUAUUUGCUCCCGAAUCUUUCUGCUACGUCAACCAUCACGAGAUUCUCUCAGAUUCCUCAAGAGAACUACGUUGGUAUCAACAGUCGGCAGCGGUAUGACAACGACAUCUACAAAAUCUAUUUCAAAGCUGAAAAGAAGUUGAAAGACAUCAACUCCAAAGGCCAAUAUUCAGUCAGAAAGUUGCAGAACGAGCUCUUUCUGAAUGGAACAGCUGUGCUGGAACAUUUCCAGUCGACUUGGCGUUGCAUUCGGCAGCUGAACAUCAUGGCACUUCAUGGGAAUUCGUUUUUGACACAAAAGGUAUUCGAUCUUCUCUUUGACGCCGAGCAGCAUUUGAAAGAACUCGGCUUCAAUGAGCAAAGCUGGAAAAUCUGA